AUGUUCUGUGAAGGGAACCCACAAGCUUGGCUGCUUGGGGCGCUUAUUGAUAGCGGGUGCACCCUGGCUUCCUACAGGGUGCUGCAUACCCACCCCGACUAUCCCGUCGUACUUCCGAUCUGGUCAGAGCUUUCCAAGGGCGACCUCCUGCCCCCGCGGCAGGUGACCCGGCAAGCUGGUGGUCCGAAAAAGAACCGUGGCCCCCGGCAGCGUUCCCGAUUCCCUGGUCGCAACGACCCCUGCCAGCGCGGACGCGGCAACGUAGCCCAAGAUGGAGGUGGUCGUGGCGGCGGGCCUGCCGCCGGGGGAGGGGGUGGUCGUGGCGGGGGCGGCAACUCUCGGCCCGUCCCGGUACAUGGGAUGGGCAGUGUUCGCAGCCACAUGGGAUACCUCAACGUCGGAGGUUCAGCGGGCGAGCGACCUACCGGAAGGUUGUGGGGGGGGGCUCGCGUUUCAGCGCUACGGCUCGCAAGACGCUUCCGGUCGCGACCACGCAGCGGGGGCGGGGGCCGGGUCAUGCGCUAUGCUGAGUCAAUCCCAAGGCUCCAUCGACCUGUCGUAGCUCAAGUGGUUCGACUCGUAGCUCAAGUGGUUUGACUCGUCUUAGGGUUAGGUAACUUGGGCCUUUGAAUUUCUUCGUCGCACGUUGUCGGAGUCAAAUACGACGCUGUGGUCCGUGAAUGGCAGGGCGCAAGAGGUCGAAUGUGUGUGCAGAUUUGCGUAAAGCACCCGCGACGGCGGGGCGCGUGUUGUAGCGCCUAAUUUCGCGUGCCAGUUUCCAAAUGCUAUGCACAACAGACAGAGAUGAACAGCGAAAUUCGACAACCACGCACGCACGUGACUUCGACUUAGCCUGAAAAAUGGGUAGAACCGUCGAGCCCCAAGAGGAAGCUAUUGUGAAGGACGGUUAUCGUCAGCCAUGCGCACGCAUGUACCUGCAAACUGCUUCUCACGAUAAUCGCGACGGAGAGCGUUUGCGGAAGUGGCCCUUCACCCCAACAGACAAGAUUCGCAACCGAAUAACUAAUCCACCGUAAACGCCCGUUACUUAUCCGUGUCUUGUCAACGGGGGAGGGGGGGACAGUAGUGCGUCGUGUAGAAACACAGAACGCAUGUGUUGGACGCGCCCCCAGACAUAGUUGCCGGUCCACGUCUGCACCGAUUAGUGGUGAUGUACGCAGCGAUCAUAUAUUGGGCCACAACCUUAACACUUCGAACGCCAUGCGUUUCCUUUGUUCUACUGCUGCACGAUGGCAACACUACGUGCGAAGAGUCUACUACAGUACCACACCGCCAAAAAAAGGUGUGUUUGGUGUUACCUCGGCAAGCAAACAUGCAUCUGCAGCAUUUAACUCUGUUUGGGUCGUUGUGCACAUUUGGAU